ACAAUCAAAAAUUUGAAAAGUAAUUGUGAACCUUUUCUAUAGCAGCCGCAUCGACUCGAAAGAUAAGACUCUGUGUAGCCUUAAAUAAUGUAAAAAUAGAAGAUAUUAAUUUUGUGCAUCUGGCCAUACAGACACGUGAUUUCUUGCAUAUUCCUUGUUAAACUAACCCGAAAAACAGAAGGUAAGAAAAAUAAAAAAGCGAAAACGAUUUAAGGAAAACUCCCUCUGAUUAAAAAAUAAUAAAAAAUUACAAAGACUAUAUACCCUAGGGAGUAGGGCCUUGGCCUCAAUCUCCAUCUAUUCGACACGUGUUGCACUCUCCUACCUCCUCAAGGAUUAUUUUCCCCUCGCGUCCCAUAAACACAGAAGACAAAAACCCCGUCCUCCAAGUUACUCGCUCUCUCUGCUUUCUCUCUCUCAACCCUCUCAUCCAAUCUUCUCGUUGCCCUCAACGCCUCCGCACCCCCGCCGUCGUCCGCCUGAUUCCGGCGCAUAUAUAUACUUGCUUUUGGCCACAAAGACUGCAAUAUUGCUGUGAAAUCCUCAAUUGUAGAGAGUGAAAGCAAUGGAACAGAGAGAAACACUAACAAUGGAACAGAGGCUUCCACUCUUCCCCUGUUUUCCGAACGCCAGCGACUCCGAGAUAGAGGUGGCGAAAAUCCUGAUUAAUCUUCCCCACAUGAUCUCCGAAUUCGAAACUCCGCUUCCGAUUCCGCUCGCGCUCGUCUGGGGAUGCAAGAGAAAGAGAUCUGUACUCGCUCUGAAGAACGACGGCGGCGCUUCCACUCUGCGUCGUCUGAUUGGACCUGAUUUUUUGUCUUCACUUCCACUCUGGGCUUCUCUGGCUCCUCUGGGUCCUGGGCCUUUGGCGGCCAUGGCUCCGCCGCCUUCCCCCGUCCCUAAUGCUGUCAAGGAGGAGACUUCCAGCCCCGAUACGCCGCUGUGCUUCGAGCCCAGUGAAUCUGAUGAGAAGCAGCCUGACCACUUGAGAAGUAAACUCCUUGGUCAAAAAAGGAAGACAGAGGAAUGGAUUACAAUUGUGGACGAAUUGACUUCGAAGAAAAAAUUGCGAAAUCAAGAGCUUGUGAAUGUGAAGCGUUUCUUUGAGAAGAUGGAUGGUCUUACUUUGGAAUUGAAAGCAAGGAAAGAGGAGCUAAUGAGACUUGACCAUAAACAGGAAGAGGAGCCGUGUUUGGAUACGGAUGCAAGCCCGGAACCAACCGAGCAAUUAAGCCAAUCGACCCAACUCACGUCUGUGACUCCGCCUCAACCGGCCCCAAAUCAAGAGCCUUACCAACAUCCUGAGCAAGUGAAAAUGCCAAUGCCAAUGCAAAUGCAAAUGCAAAUUCCUUCUCCUCCUAGUGUGAUUUUUUAUCAACAUCAACUGCAGCAGCUGAUCAUGGAUCAAACGGCUAAAAAUCAAAGAAGAGAGAUCAACGUGGGCCCGCGAGGCGGUAACUUUAACCUCUGUUUUAAGGAUUCAAUCGUGUUGAACUCCUCCCAGCCGUUUGAUCUUGGCUUGGUUAACAAGGAUAUGAUUAGGAAAAGGGCAGCCGAGGCAAGGCAGAAGAGGCUCGAAAUCUGCAGGGUUAAGAAACCUCGCUUCCACUCCAGAUGACAUCGCAUUGGCCAAUGUUUUUUUUUUUUUUCAAUUUUUUGCCCCUAAUAAUUUGAUUACUUUAUUUGGGGUGUAAUUUUUUAUCCAAACCAAAAGGUUUGAUGAGGUCUUUUUUAGCAAUUAUUAAGGUGAGACUUAGUACGUAGAUAUAUUGUACCUAUAAUUCCAUAUAUUAACAUUGUCAUAGAACAAGAGAAGCUCGUAAUGAGAUUUUGGUCAUUGGGAAUUACGUCGA